AUGGCCGCCGCCGCGCAGUACCUGCCGCGCUCCGCCGCGCUCAUGCACCCCGACGGCGACCGCCUGCACCAGGGCACCACGUACCGUGAGGUGCAGAAGAUGAUGCACCACGAGUACCUGCAGGGACUGGCCCCCGCCGCCGGGCACGCCGUCGGGCUGGCGCACCACCAGUGGCUGCCCAGCGCCGGCACGGACUGGGGCAGCGGCGGGGGUGGAGGGGGCGCGCACCUUCCGCCCGCCGAGCACGCCAAGGGCGGCCCGCCGGGACCCCGCGAAGAGCUGUCGGCCGCCGCCUUCCACCACCGGCCGCACCUGGUGCACCAGCCCGCGGCGGGCGGCGCGGCGGGCGGCUGGGCGCAGGGCGGCGCGCACCACCUGCCGCCCAUGUCCCCGCCGUCGGGGCAGCCGCUGCUCUACGCGCAGCCCUACGCGGGCCUCAACGGGAUGCUGGGCCCGCCGGCGCCCGCGCUGCACCACGGGCUGCGCGACCCGCUGGGCGCCGAGGAGGCGGGAGGCCACGAGCUGGCGGCAUCGCCGCCGCCGCUGGGGCCGCCCGAGCCGUCGGACGAGGACGCGCCCAGCUCCGACGACCUGGAGCAGUUCGCCAAGCAGUUCAAGCAGCGGCGGAUCAAGCUGGGCUUCACGCAGGCCGACGUGGGGCUGGCGCUGGGCACCCUGUACGGGAACGUCUUCUCGCAGACCACCAUCUGCCGGUUCGAGGCGCUGCAGCUGAGCUUCAAGAACAUGUGCAAGCUGAAGCCGCUGCUCAACAAGUGGCUGGAGGAGACGGACUCCAGCACGGGCAGCCCCACCAACCUGGACAAGAUCGCGGCGCAGGGGAGGAAGAGGAAGAAGCGGACGUCCAUCGAGGUGGGCGUCAAGGGCGCCCUGGAGAACCACUUCCUCAAGUGCCCCAAGCCCUCGGCGCACGAGAUCACCUCGCUGGCGGACUCCCUGCAGCUGGAGAAAGAGGUGGUGCGGGUCUGGUUCUGCAACCGGCGGCAGAAGGAGAAGCGCAUGACGCCGGCCGGGGUCCCGCAUCCCCCCAUGGAGGACGUUUACGCACAGGCGGACACUUCGCCGCUGCACCACGCGCUGCCCGGCGCCGUGCCGUGACUGCCCCGACGGCGGCGCGGCGGGCACGGGCAGCGGGGGACGCGUUUUAAUUUAUUCUCAGACUGGCCCGGCCGCCCGCUCUAUUUAUUCGCCCGCCGGAGCCGCAGCGGCCGCCGCAGCAGUAGCCAAAGGUUUGCGAUCUCUAAUUUAUUCCCUUCCUCGCGCGGCCGGGAGGCGGCGGCGCCCCCGGCCCGGCCCGGGGGGACGCUUCGAAACCAUUUCCCGGCCCGUCUCUAUUUAUUUCUAACCGUGCGCGGAGCUCGCACCACCCUCCCGUUCGUUGGUGGGUUCAGUCCGGUCCAUUCCCCUGGGGGUUUUCGGUUUUGUUUUUUUUUUUGUUUGUAUCUCUUAUUGCAAAAAAACCAAUGUAGACUGCGAGGGUACGUUUCUAUUUAUGUUAUAGUAAAUAUUUUAUUACUUACAUAAACCAUUUACCCAGGAA